UCGAAGGCCUUAGUGUCAGAGCGGACUCUGAGGGCUGAGAGGAGGGGAUAGGCAGUGAGACUACUCUGACCUACGAGAUCAGACAGUCAACAGUAGGAAUCCAUAGUGAAUGGACCUCUCGGACACAGCAGGCGCAAUGAUCUGAUCACCCAGAGAUAAGUGGACCAAAUUAAACCUUCAUCUGAGCACUUUAAAUGGCUCUAAAAGAGGAAGCACAAUGGAUGCAGACGAUAUCUAGGUGCCUGUUGACUGUGUGAGUUUUGGUUCCUGCUGCCCAGAUGGCUGAGGUUAAAGUGAUGGUGCAGGUUGAUCCAAACCUGGGCUCUGGUCCAGAUGAGGAUGCCUCCGAGCUGUCAGUUUCAGAGAAUGAUUCAGAUUCCGGGAGCGUGCUGUCAGAUGACUCGGUGCUCCCUGACUAUGAGCGGGAAGAGGCCAACGGAGGCCUCACCUUGUACCAAGCCUGUGCCAAGAACAAUGCUGCAGCGCUCCACAGAGUUCUGGAAAGGGGUGUCACAAGAGAUGAAGUCAUGGAUCUAGACAUAAAUGGAAGGAACUGUCUGAUGUUGGCAAUCUCAAAAGGUUUUGUGGAUAUUGUGUAUGGACUGAACCAGUGCCCGUUUCUGGAUAUCAAUCACCAGGAUAAUGAUGGCAACACUGCACUCAUGAUCGCGGCACAAGCUGGUUUUGUCACCAUUCUUACCUACAUCCUUAACUACUUCUCUGGAGUGGACAUGGAGGUCAGGGACAACCGAGGCUUCACUGCACUCCUCAAAGCGGCCAUGCAGGGCAGCGAUGACUGUGUGGCCUCACUAGUCAUGGCUGGGGCAGACAUAAAUGUAGUGGAUGCCGCAAGGGGGAAGGAUAUGCAAGAAUGGGCCCUGAAGACAGGUCGAUUUAACACAUUAAACAGGCUCAGACGACUGAACAGCAGACCACGUGCAGAACAAUUCUGUGAGACUUAUGUCCCAGAGUGGCCAGAACUGAAAGAACUUGUAGCCAACGCCACGGGCACAAAAAACACAGGGAGGAAAGUCACCCAUCGCCUGAAAUCAACUUUCACUUUCAGCUUUCCACAUGACCCCCAGGACAAUGGCGUCAUGGACCGUAUGGUGCGUAUCACCACAAGCAUCCACAGUCCUUUGGUGGUCACAGGAUGUCGUCCUCUGUGCCCCACCAGUCCGCCGGAGAUUGGCAAGAGACGUCUGCCUGUGCCUGAUUUGAUGCAGAUGCACCCAGAAAAAGAGCUGACGAUACAUGCGAUCCAGCACAGCAACGGCUCUAUCUCUGCCUCAACCACCUCCACCUCUUCUUCCUCGCUGGCCUCGUGCUGCUCUGACUCAGUGCGGAGAGGCAGCGUGCUCUCUUUGGCCUCCAAUGGCAUCCGCAAGUUUGUCCCACGCAUGGCACGACGCAAUAGCGUGUUCCCUGCUGGCUGCAUCCCCCAUAUCAAAGUGACAAAGUCUGGGGAACCAACACCAAAGAAGGAGAAGAAGAAGAAGAAAUCCAAAGGUCACUUAGAGCCACCAGUAUGGAAGUACAAGGAAGCUAAAGAAGAGAAGAAAGAGAAAAAACGGUUGGAAAAAGAAAAAGCAGAUAAAGAAAAGACUGAUAAGAAGAGUAAAAAUAAGUGAACUGCCAACAGAUUAUUGCCAUGAUAUUACAGCUCUCAGACUCAUAUGCCAUCCAUAUAGAUCAUUUAGAUCCUGUGCUAGGAGUUUAAAGGGAAGGGACAAUGUCAUGUGAGUGUGGAUGGAUAUUGUCCUCACUGUUGUUUUUCAUCAUUGCAUGUACUGUUUCACUGAAGUAAUGGCGUAACAAAGCAGCCAAAAGCACUAUAAGCUCAUAAUACUUGAUGCAUCUGCGAUGACAAUAUUGUUCGUAUUACAGGACAAUCUUUACCAGUUUUCUUUUUUCUAAACUAAAGCUAUGCGUCUGUACAUGCAAUUAAUUCAAUUCAAUUUUAUUUAUAUAGCGCUUUUCACAAUGUGCAUUGUUCCAAAGCAGCUUUACAGGAGCAAAUAAGAAAAACACAGAAAGGUAAAACACAGCACAGUGCAUGGUGUUUAUAGAUCAAGCAAGAUUAUUAUAAUAAAUAAUAUCUAAUAAAUAAAUGAAUAUAUUAAUGAAUAAAUUAUUAAAAUUAAAAUUAUUUAUUUUAAUGUGAUUUAUCAUGGAAAUGUUACUCAGGGAAGACAAAAUCAUAUUUUACUGAGUGUACAGUAUUAUUGCGCAUAAGCAAUAUCUGACUAAGCAAAAUCUGUAACAUAUCUAUGCAAAUAAGAAUUAACUCAUAAGACAAAAAGUUAUACAUUCCCCUAUAAGGUACAUUUGCACUGGCCAAAAUGUUGUACUGUAUGUUUGUUAGUCUGUAUUAUAUUUUGGUAGCAUAAACAAAUUGUGAGAUAUUUAUUAAAGUGUUAUAUACAUGAAGGGCUAUGAUGUUUUUGAUGUUUGUAAAUCAGGUUUUAUAUUAUCACUGAUGAUUUAGAUUGUAAACCAAUCACUAUAAGCUUGUUAAAGCAAGGCUAUAAUUGGAGCCGUAAGGUCGAAAUACAAAAUAGGACUUGUGGUUUAGCAAAGUAUUUGCUUACUCAUUAUGCCCUUGCGUGACUGGUAAGAUCUUUACCAUGGCAGAAGGUUAGGUAUUUCUAAGGCAUAUACAAAAAUAACCUGCUUUGCAAAUUAUUUGCAGACCUUUGUUUUGUACCAUGAAUUUUAGUGAUUAAGCUUUUCGCUCAGCAUUUUCACUUCUGGUUGUGCAGAAGGAGUUCUAAUUA